UUUGUUUUUGGGUUUGUUGAAGUCCUAAGUUACUUGGGACCGUUCAAAAGUGUUGCCGCAAGUAAAGUUGGAGAUCCUAUGUCUGUUAGAAUGAUGGUAUUUCAGAGUCUACUUUCAUGCUACAUAUCUCUUUAUUCUCUUUUCUAUGGUUGAUACGAAAAUGGAAAAUUGACAAUGUCCGAGGCAUGUCAAGCGACAUCUCUUCGCCGAAAAAUUACAUGGUAUAGAUAAGUGAAAUUUUGAUUUUAUAGAUGAAUGAGGUGCUUAGAAGGCGCAACUUGUGCACUUGUUCUCCUCAGCCGUGGCUCUUUGUUGGGUUAGGCAAUCCUGGGGAUAAAUACAAGGGAACAAGACACAAUGUUGGCUUUGAAAUGCUUGAUGCAUUCGCAGAGUCGCAAGGGAUUCAUAUGGAGACAGUACAUUGUAAAGCUAUGUUUGGAAAAGGUUUUGUCAAUGACAUUCCAGUUCUCCUUGCAAAGCCACUAACUUAUAUGAAUUUGAGUGGUGAAUCUACUGGCCCUCUUGCAGCAUAUUACAAGCUCCCUCUCAAUCGUGUGGUUGUGUUUCAUGAUGACAUGGAUUUACCAUGUGGGGUUCUUCGUGUUCACCCCGAGGGAGGUCAUUACAGACAUAACGGGUUGAAGAGCGUGAUUUAUCAUUUUCGUGGAAAUCGAGAGUUUCCUCGGUUAAGAAUAGGUAUUGGAAGACCUCCCGGUCAGAUGGAUCCCAAAGCAUUCAAGCUUCAAAAGUUUAAUGCAACUGCAAGAGAACGAAUUGAUGCUGCAUUACGGGAAGGAGAACAUGCAUUGGAGCAAGUCUUAGCCAAAGGCUUCUCUGAAAGUUCUAAAUGCUUCAAUACAAUGCAGAAGUACAAGCACAUAAGAUUGCAGACAUUGCCAACUUGACAUCAUGCUUCAAGGUUUCUAGAUCUUGUUGUUGUUGUGUCUUUUUUUUAGUUUCUGUUGAUUGAAUGAAAAAAAAGUCUCUCCUGUGACCAUUCUUAUUUGCUAACAUAAGUGAAUGAACAUUUCAUGACCCCAUCCCCUGCAACCAAUAUUAUGCGACUUCAAAGUAUGCUGUUGAUACUCUUGAAUUAUUUCAUGCCUGCGGAUAUAUUCUGAAAAAACUGGCAGUUAUCUUUAUCAUUUAAGCUUUCACGUUGCUUUUGCUCCAUGGGAAUUACUUGUACUUGGACAUAAGAAAGGAUUAAACCUAGCUUCCCAGUACUCUUAAGAUCAAUAUCCAUGAUAAAGUGAAAUAAGGAAUAAUAGGAACUACCUAACUCUAGUUGGUGUGAUGUCAAUCUCCAUUGAUGAGAAGCAUAUCCCCAAGAAUGAGUGUAAAGAAAGAGAUAAAUGGUUGUUGAAGCCUGACUUCAUCUCUUUGUUUAGUUGAAUGUGUUUGACUAAUGCUCAUAUUUUUCUGUAUUUCAUCGUGUAUUUUUCAUUACUGAAAGUUUUUAGUUUUUCCUUGUUUUGUUGGUUUUAUCUCAACUAGUUCAAUUUUAGUGGAUGUAUUUGAAAUGCUGUUUUUAUGAGUCUUUUUCUCGCUCAUUAAUGCAACUGGGAAGUGUAAUAUUCCUUUUUAUGUUCUGUUACUGGCAUUUUUUUUGCAAGCUUUCAAUAUUUAUGGACUCGAUACAUUUAAGAUUGGCUUCCUUUUCUUUUCCUUCAUAGUGUAGGGAUAGUGAUCCUCAAAUUUCAUCGAUGUCCUAGCCUUCUUUUAUGUAGAUGAUCCCGAUGGCAUUACUUUCUAUGCUUGCUUUGGUUUUGAGGAUAUAGGAAGAAACGCUAUGAGCUCAUAAUUCCCUUUUUGAUCUUACUAUCUCCUCUUACCAAACUGGUUUAAAUUUAGCUUGCACAUUAAAAUGACCCAAAUGACAAGCCGGAAGAGGUGAUUGACUUAUUGAUUAGUUAGCAUUAGUAAGUCUCCAAAGGGAUGGCUGAGUAAUUGAGAUAAUAACUUGGCAUUGUAACGUCCUGGUUUUAAUCCCAGGUUCAACACUCAAGUGUGAACCUAUGUGCUUCAGCCUUGCUGGCUAGGUUUGCAUCGGCACUUGUGCUUUUGGUCUGUGAAAGACUGCUCGUUAGAUCAGUCGAGAAGUGCGCAAGGUCGUCCAGACACCAUGGUGACUAACAAAUUAAAAAAAGUCGGUAUUGGCAAAAUUCGAUAACGACGACAACAAUAAUGGUAACUUGAGGUAGGCAGACAGAUCAGUAUGGACUAUGGAGUAUCGCAUUCAAGAGCUAUGGAGUAUCGCAUUCAAGAGAAAUAGGAUUUGUUUCUCUUCCCCAUCACUACACAGGCUAACAUAUAUUGAAAAUAAAGGUAAAAAGUUCGUGUGAAUAGGUAUUUCUCUUAUCUUUUAUGUUGCGUAAUGAGUGUAAAGAAUCCAUUAGGAGUAAAGAAACUUUCUCUGAAAGAAGCUCUGCGUCUGCUAUUUCCUUAUAUUGCAGGAAACUGCUGUUAUAGCUGCUGACCUGUGUUGCUUUUUGUUGUAGGAUUUGAGGAACGGUUCCAAAGAGAAGCUACAUUUUGCUCAUCAGCAAUUGGUCCCUCGCUAGUAAAGGCUCCAGAAUAUAUGCCAGAGAACUUGACUUCAUAUUCAGCAUGGAUUGGUAGUGCUAUACUUGUGAAAGUUGUCUUCCCUCAAAAUCAGCACAAAACCAAGACAGAUUACGACGAGAGUGGACCUUCUGUUGUUCAUCGAAAAUGCUUUUAAUAUAGGAGACGCAUUUGCACUUUUUAGAUUUGUACUUGCUUCCCUAGAAUGUUAGGUCGAGCGACUUCUUGUUUAUUUAAAAUGCAGGCCUGUACAUCAAUUCAUCAACUAGUUGGUUUUCAGAUUUGUUAGUUAAACUAAGAGGUUUACUUCA